AUGGAGUCAAAAUUUUUUGAUGUAAUUGGGAUUCAAAUUAAAUCAAUAUAUAAUGUCCAAAGGUUGUCUCUCUCAAACUCUGCACGGGCAAUUCAAAUCGAAAAAAGUAUUGGAAAAGUUGUAAAUGCCGCAAUCAUAGGAGCACCAAAUUCCGGAAAAAGCACUCUUAUUAAUAAAAUACUAGAACGUAAGGUAUGCGCUACAUCUAACAAAGUCCAUACCACGACAAAACUAGCAAGAGCCAUUUGUUAUGAUAAUGAUACCCAAAUAAUAUUUCUGGAUACACCCGGUGUUGUCACUGACAAGGAACAAAACAAAUAUAAACUACCUGAGUCUAUGAAACAAGCAUGUAAGAAAAGUUUGAGUUGUGCAGAUGUGAUUGGUGUAGUCCAUGAUGUCUCUAACAGAUGGACAAAGGAAAAACUGCAUCCAACUGUUCUUGAGAUGUUAAAUAUGGUUGUUAAUGUUCCUAGCUUCUUAAUCAUUAAUAAGGUUGAUCUAUUAAAAUCUAAGAAGCAACUGUUAGAUAUAAUAAGAAACUUAACAAAUGGAGUUAUAGCUGGAAAUCCAGUUCCAAGUUAUUACACACCUCAAAGCAAAGAUCAAGGAUUUGCUAAUUUUUCUGAUGUUUUCCUCGUGUCUGCUUUAAAUGGAGAUGGUGUUAAAGACAUAAAGGAGUACCUAAUAUCUAAUUCAAAAGUUCGCAAACUGCAAUACGCUUCUGACAAGUGGUCUGAUAGGUCAACCGAAACUCUAAUAGAAGAGGCAGCUAGGGCUAAGUUUCUAGAUUUUCUUGCACAAGAAAUACCUUAUCAUUUAGAGACAAAGCUGGAAUAUUACGAUGACAACGAAGCAGAGGGCAAAGUCACUUGUUCAUUGUCAGUGGCAUGUCCUUCAGAAAGAAUUGUAAAAUUAAUUGCGGGUGCAGGGGGUGGGAGACUGCAACAAAUAAAGUCUUCUCUUCGAAACGACUUGGUUGAUAUGAUAAAGAAACCAGUAACUGUUGAUAUUAAUUUGAUCCCUAAGAACAAGCCCUCAUGCGAACAGGAAAUAUUGUAA